AUGGAACAAUUGGAGUCAUUGGCAGAUAGUCGGCUGUUUACCCAGCUUGAUUUGGCGAGUGGGUACCUUCAAAUACCGUUGACGGAGGAAGCUUCCAAGAAAACGGCUUUCAUCACCGCGGAUACGACGGGUGAAUUUAAUAGAAUGCCAUUUGGGUUGUCUGGGGCCGUCGCUGAAUUUACCCGACUUAUGCAGCGGGUGUUGAGUCCGAUCCAGGGACUCCACGUGCGGAAUUACUUGGAUGACAUGGUUGUAGACGGGAAAAACUGGACGGAGAUGUUGACCAAUUUGCGAGCUGUAUUAUGGAAGAUACGUGAAGCGCAGCUAACGCUGAAGCCACCGAAAUGUUCGUUGGGCGCUAAGCGGAUUCACUUCCUAGGAUUCGUCAUCGAAGGUGGAGAAAUACGGCCUGGUACGGAAAAGGUGCGUGCCAUCGAGAAGUACCCUGUUCCUAAGGACCUACACGAGGUCCGGAGAUUUUUGGGGCUUACUGGUUUCUUCCGCCGAUUUGUAUAA